AUGCUUAUUUAUAUUGUAGUAAUAUAAGUAGUAUAGGGAUUGUAAAGUUAUACAGAAUGUGCAAGUGACUAAUACUAUAAUACAGCUAUAGGUGAAUGUACUCAAUGUCCUCAAAAUACUGUGCGAUACAAUAUAUCAUUAGUAAAUAUAUAAUUUGAUUGAUUAGUGUGUUUGUGAUAAUACCUAGGGUUAUUAGAGAUCAGGUGAUAAUAUCAUAGGAUUUUAAUAUGAUUAGUUGUGUUUAAAAUAGGCUAACAAUUGUACAUUAAGCUAAGUGAAUUUGAAAUAUUCAUUCUUAGGAGAUACAUUAUCUUAAAAUACUUGCACAUCUUGUGCUGCUAAUGCUUAUGCAAAUGCGUAAUUAUAAAUAAUAAAACUUAAGUUAUCGAGAAUAGUGUAUUCCAUGUCCAGAUAAAUUGAUGGUAUAUACAGGAAGUUGUGAAUGUCCUUAAUCAGGGUAUAUUAAAUCAUAUGAUCGAUGUGUAUUAAGUACUUAGAAAACAAUUGGAAAUCUGAUAUUCGAUUCAUCAUACAUAGUCGAAUAUGAGACAGAUUAAAGAAUAGCAAGUUCUUAUAUAUUGAAUAGAUACUAAUAUGCAAUAUCAAUGUGUUAUUAUUAUUCAAGUAUUAAUGCUUGUUAGUUAUUGGCAAACUUAUGUGCAUUACAAUUAUUUGAUUUAACAAAACCUAUAUGUUCUGUAUUUUUAGAAGAAUUAAAAUCAAAAAUUUCAACAUCUGCUCCAGCAUUAUUUCCUAGUGUCAAUAUAGAAACUAUCAAUAUUUAUCAGACAGUUUUACCUUAAACUAUGAAAUUAGAUGAUUCUGAUUCUAAAAAUCGUCGAUAUCUUAAUUACUCAAUCUAAAAAUAUGAUUUAGAGGGUAAUAUGAUUAGUGAUACAACAUUGAGAUCUGAAUUCAUUUUCUGUCCUCAUUCUCCAGGAGAUGAAAUCAAUAGUAGAGCAUUUGGAUUAAAUAUGAAAAUAUCUUGUUCUUUAGAUUUGGAUGCCUUCCUUUAAAACUAUGAAAUGUAUUUAUAUGAACUUUAAGUAACUGCUGUUCGAGAUGAUAAUACUAUUAAUCCUUAGAAUGUUUAUUUCCUAGUUAAUAAUCUAAAGGAUAAAGAUGGAAAUAAACCUAAUUCUGAUAGUGCCUCUUAAAGUAGCAUUUUUGUUAAACGAAUCUUUUUGGUAGACACAAUAACCUCUAAGAAAGAUUACACUAAUCCAGCUGAAACUCCUGAAUAUAUUAGAUAUGCAAGUAAAAUAAAAAUUGUAAUCUUGCCAAGUCAGGAUUCAUAUGAAUAAAUAUAUGUUCCUUAUGUUUAUGUAGAAUAUUCUAUAGUUAGAAAUUCAGGUGAAUCUUUUGGAUAUGCUGAUUUUGAAUUUGCUGUAUAGAUUUCACCUAAUCCUACAAAUUAUUGGAUUACAAUUAUUAUCUUAUUUGCCAUUUACAAUGUUAUUAUCUUAUUAGUUUGGCUAUUUAGAAUUUAUGUAUGGACUAAAGCUAAUCCAAGCAAUUCCAUUAGAGAAAAUUAUAUGUGGUAAUUACUUAAGAAUAUGAUUCAAUUAUUAAUUGAUUCAUGGACUGAUUGGAUGUUUUACUUUCUCUUUUUUAUGACUGCAUAUUGGUUUGUCUUUUUCAAAUUCCAGAAUACACCUUUUCUUUUAAUGUUAGAUCAAAAUGAUUCCUCUAAUUAUCUACCAUUCUAUGGACUAUUUUAUACUAUUUUUGCAUUAAGAUUAAUACAAACAUUAGUAAUCAUUUAUGCACAAUCCUCAAUUAAUAUAUAUUUUAUUGAUUGGGAAACUACUGAAAUUCAUAGACCAAUUGAAAAAAGAAGAUAAGAAGAACUAGAAGAAAAUGAAGUCCUUGUAACAGCUAAUAAAAUUAAAAGUAAGGUUUCUGUUUGGAGAACACUUUUGGUUGCAAAUGAAUUUAAUGAAUUAUCAACAGUCAGGACUGUUUCAGUUGAAUGGACACUUAUUAUAUUAGGAUUUGUAUUAAUUGGUUUAGGUUUUCAAAAAAGAUUCAUAGAAUCUCCAGAUCUUAUUGAAACAUAACCUUAUGUACCUGAAAAUCCUAUUCUCAAAUACUUUUUAGUUUAGUUUGUUUAUCUCAUGAUUGGAUUAGGAUAAUUGAUCUUAAGAAAAAUACUUAAUAUUUGGCAACCAUAUCCUUAUGAAAAUUUUGUAGAUCUCUGUACAAUUGCCAAUGUUUCCAUUUUCAUACUUGAUGAUAAUUUACAUGGCUAUUAUAUCCAUGGAGAAAAUCCUCUGGGAUUCUCUGAGGGUGGUAUUCCUCAUCUUUAAGAAUGUCUUAGAAAUGAAUCCAAAAAUAAAGGUAAAAACAGAGGACUAGUUAAGGAUGGUUAUGAUAGUCAAUUAUGUACAUAUGAGUUAUUUGUACCUCCUGAAUUUAAACAUUAAUUUGAAAUGAAUUAUUAAGGAAUUAGGAAUUAUAAAGAAAAAAGAGAAAUGAAGUAAUUAGGUAUUGAAAAUGUUGAAUUGUAAAAGUUUAAAAUUGAAUAAUUCCUUAAAUCUAAAAUUAAUGAAGUCAAAAAAGUAGACAAAAGAGCUAAUUUCAUUAGAACCAAAGAAACUGCCUAAAGAUACUUUGAUUAUCCUCCUGAUGAGUUAGCCUAUGAUGAUUUUAAUAAAUCUUAAGUGCCUUAUUUCUAUAAAGAUCCAGAUUUCUAAUACAGAAGAGUAUUCUUUAGUGGUUAUGAAAUGUACUUUUUAGUUACAGAUAUAAUCAUAUUCACCUUUUUUGUUUUAGUUACUUAAAAUGUAGCAUUAUCAAUAUUAUUGUAAUAUUUUUGCACAAAGUUUUUUGAAUGGUUAAAAUAAGAAUGGUAGAAAACAAACAUUAGUGAAAAAACCAAAAUUGACAAAAGGUUUCUAAUAUGA